UGCCCGCUGUCGAGCCAAAUGACCUGAUGCCUGGUGACCCCAGUGCCCGCUGUCAUACCUGGUGACCCGAUGCCCGCUGUCGAGCCAGACAAUCCGGUACCUGAUGACCCGCCCACUGCCUUGCCAGAUGACGCGGUGCCCGCUGUCGAGCCAAAUGACCUGAUGCCUGGUGACCCGAUGCCCGCUGUCCAGCCAGACGAUCCAAUGUCUGACCCAGUGCCAGCGGUCAUCCCAGUUGACUCGGAGCCCACGGUUGUGCCUGGUGACUCGGUGCCCGCCGCCCCGCCUGGGGGCCUGAGACCUGUCGUUCCGCCUGGG